UGCACACACACACACACUCAUCUGCACUCUCCAGCUCAGUCAGGGAGGGAGAGCAGAUCUGAAAUGGCCAUCUAUUGUUUGCAUCUAAUGGGAGCACAAAGUUACGGGCAUGUGAGGCUGGGAGGUGGUGAGGUGAGCAGGAGGGGAAAGAGGAGGUCUGCUGGCUGCAGGAUUCCAUCACUCUUGGCAACCGUUGUGGAGUUACCACGGAAACACUGUGCCAUGUUGUCUGCCUCUCUUUUGUCUUCCUCCAUCCCUCUGCAUUUUUCCUCUCACUCUCUUUCUCACUCCAUCUCGUCUUAAUCGCUGGUCGACCUCCUCCUGGCGUUGCCACGGCGAUGCUCUGGGUCCGCCGCAGACCCGUUCGAACACAGAACAGAGCUGCGCGCUGAUGAAGGAAGUCAUCAGCUGAGCUCCUCGUUCUUUCGCCGCUCCCCCUGUCACAUCCGAUGACCUUUCACCCCUACACUUUUCUUGCCGUUUGAAGAGCAUCGAUUGGCCCGGCAAGUCAGCUGACAUCACAUAAAGUUGGAUGAAGUUGGAGGGAGUGAGGCACUCUCUGCUGCAAUCAGAGUUGAUGUUUUCAUGACUCGGUUGCUCUGAGUGGCGUCCCAGCGCUUCACAGAGACCAAACAGAGCUCUGUGAACACUUCCACAAACCCUCACCAGGAUGAAUGAGGAGGCGGAGGAGGCGCAGAUGCCUGAGAGGAUGCUGGAAGCUGAGGAGGAGACGCAGUUUGAAAGCUUUGCACAAACUGAGGAAAAUCCAGAGCUGAAAACAGAGGAGCCGGAGGAAGCGAUGGAAACUGAAGAGGCUCAAGAAGAAGAAAAGGUGCAGCAAAGUGAGGAGCUGGAGGAGGCGCAGAGUAAUGAAGAACUGCAGGAGGAUGAGGAGGUGCAGAGUGAAGAGGCAACAGUGACAGGGGAGCAGGAGGCUGAACGGGAGCUGAAUCAGGAGGACCCACAGACUGCAAACUUGGAGAAAAGAGAGGGGGUACAGGAACCCCAGGAGGCUGAGGAGGAGGAGCAGGAGGAGGUGCGGGGUGACGAGAUGUUACGGUCUGAGAAACAGCUGUGUGAAAGGCAGCAGCUGCAGGAAGAGGAAGUGCAGCAGACUGAGGAGCAGCAGGACUUUGCAGACACUCUGGAGCCAAAUCACAACAACCAGGUCCUGAUCCGGCUGAGAGGAAUGCAGAAAUACAAAAGUACAUCACAGAGGCUGAAGGCAGCCCUGGAGCAGAUGGACCGGGGGGUCGUGGACCUACAGGAGCUCCGCAGGAACCUGGAGCUCGCUGCGGCCAUGUUGGACGCUGUUUACACGGAUGAAACGAGACGCCUGCUGGACACAGAGGAUGAGCUGAGCGACCUGCAGGCGGAGUCGGUUCCCAGCGAGGUUCGGGAUUGGCUGGCGUGCACAUUCAGCAGGAGGACGGGCGUGUCCAAGCGUCGCCCCGAGGAGAAGCCCAGAUUCAGGAGCAUCGUUCAUGCAGUGCAGGCUGGGAUAUUCGUUGAGAGGAUGUACAGACGGACGUCCAACAUGGCCGGCCUGACCUACCCCCCCACAGCUCUGAAUGCUCUGAAGGAGGUGGAUCAGUGGUCCUUCGAUGUUUUCACCUUCCACGAGGCCACAGGAGAACACGCCCUCAAGUUCCUCGUCUACGACCUGCUGACCCGCUAUGACCUCAUCAACAGGUUCAGGAUUCCAGUGCAGGCUCUGGUGCAGUUUGUUGAGGCUCUGGAGAGUGGCUACAGCAAACACAGGAACCCCUACCACAACCUGAUCCAUGCAGCUGAUGUCACUCAGACCGCCCACUUCCUGAUGUUACACACCGGACUAAUGCACUGGCUCAGCGAGCUGGAGAUCCUGGCGAUGGUUUUUGCAGCAGCAAUUCAUGACUUUGAACACACAGGAACCACCAACAACUUUCAUAUCCACACCAGGUCAGAGGUGGCCAUUCUGUACAAUGACAGGUCAGUGCUGGAGAACCAUCACGUCAGCGCCGCCUACAAGCUGAUGGCAGAGGAGGAUAUGAACAUCCUGGUCAACCUGAACAAAGACGACUGGAGAGAACUGAGGUCUCUGGUGAUUGAGAUGGUGAUGUCCACAGACAUGUCCUGCCACUUCCAGCAGAUCAAGACCAUGAGGAACGCCCUGACACAGACACUUGGUAUAGACAAAGUGAAGGUUUUGUCGUUGAUGCUUCAUGCUGCAGACAUCAGUCACCCCGCUAAAGCCUGGCCGCUUCACUAUCACUGGACCCACAGUCUGAUGGAGGAGUUCUUCAGACAGGGAGAUAAAGAAGUGGAACUUGGUCUUCCCUUUUCGCCACUCUGUGACCGCAAAGCUACCAUGAUUGCCCAGUCACAGAUAGGUUUCAUUGACUUCAUUGUGGAGCCAACGUUCAGCGUUCUGAUAGAUACCACUGACAAGGUGAUUGGGCCACUGAUCGAAGAGGACAGGAAGGCCAGAGAGACUGGAAACAGACGCUCCAGCCUAACAGGAAGUGGUUCAGUCACCGUCGAGUCGGUGCAGAGGCACAGCAGUGGUCUCCAUGGCAACAGCGAUGAUGGACCGACAGACUUUUCACUGACUGCCAUCGACCUGCCGGCUAUGAGGCUCCACCUUUCCGGCGUCAUUGCGAGCAACAAGGAAAGAUGGAAAGAGCUGUCCGUGCACGAGCUGGCCAAUAAGGAAAAAGAAGAAAAAGAGGCCACAGAGGGCUUAAAAGUCAACCCAGACGCCCAAUCAAGCCACAACAAAGACCAAUCACCAGACCCCAACUCCUCUCCCGCCCCUGAGAGUCACAACGAUGAGUCACCUGAGCUGGUGCCCACAGAUCACCUGAGCUGGAAUGGGGAGGAGAAGUUGGAAGAGGAGGACGAAGUGCCCGAAAAUGCCUGACGGCGUGCCGCUGAAAUCUCCCCGCUGUAUCUCACUGUGGCACGUCACCAUGGCAACAGGCAGCUUGGUGGAGCGACAAAGAGGAUUCCGAUUCUUCUGUGUAAACAGAGUAGCUGGCUCAGCGGCCCCUCAGUGGUCCCCAAAGGCCUACAGACUUUAAGUUUACAGACUUUGUGUUUACAGUCCAAUAUGGAAAUAUAACAUUCAACUGACAGCUUUCAUCAGAUUACGGCUUCUUAGCAGCUUCCUGGUCUAUUCAAAGUGGUGAAAAUGUGUAGUGGUAUUUUAUUAGAGAACCAUGUGACCGCUGUCUGUCACAGACCUGGAAAUGUCAGCAUUUAAAUGAAGAAAAAACAGACAGGAGAUGGCCAAACCUGGAGAACCUCAGUUGAAGGGGUGUAAGUUCAUCAGCAGUCGUGUGUGUAGACGGGAACCUCCUAAGAGGAGUGGUUGUUGCUCUGCUCUUAAAUCCUGCCUCAAACUUUCAGACAUGUUGCUCUUCUGACCCAACCUGUGAUGUUAGAGCUGUCCAACCCGACGUCCACUGCGGCCAUCAGGCAGGAUGAACGUCUUGAAUGACUUCAGUCUGUUGCUAGUCAAGUCAAACUUUGUACCAAACAGAGACCGUGCACAAAAACAGAAGGAAGUCUUUGUUCUUCGCUCGUUCUGUUUAGAAGACAAGAUUGCUGACCUGGAAAGUCUUCAGGUCUGUGAGUGAACCGUUUAAAUUUGAAUCUGGUAUAGAGAAGAGACCAAAGCUGUGGCAAAUAAAUGGCUGAACAAAAAGAGAAAUGACGAGAUUACAUCUAAAGUUUAGACAAUUAAAAGUGAUCAAAUCAUGAAUGUUAUCAGUCAGACUCCUUAGACAUCAUCCAGACAUCUCACACUCUCAGCUGGUCAUAAAAUCCCUUUCCUGUUGCUUUUGCUCCAGCAGCUCUGUUUAUGUUUCAGCAAAUAUCUAUAACAUUUUAAAUAUUUUAUACACAUGUGGACAAAACUGUUAAUCCAAGAAAAACUCAAUGUUCAAACAAAAGUUAUGACUGGUCAAGAACCGCUCUAAGGCCCAUCUUUCAAGGCGGUCUCGAUUCGUUUCCUGUCAGACUGAGCAGCAGGUCUCUCCGAGUUUGUUAAAAAAACAAUCAGACACAGAGACGUGUUGAAAUGUGGUCAGAUCAAUGCAGGCUCUUUGAAACAACUCAUUGUUUUUUGCACUGUUUUCCUGACAAUCUAUAAGCCCCUUCAUAGUCGUCGGCUCCUCGGGAACUGUCUUGCAGAAUACCUCCACUGUACCAAAGUAGCAGUAAAAAGUGUUGUUUCUGACAUUGAUACAGACGUUUAAAAUUGAUCUGUGAAAUAUAAAGUUUGAAUGAGUAAACUUUCCAGACAAGGAUUGUAAAGCACAGGACUUCCAUAAUUUUAUGUCUCUUUUUCCUUUUUCCCGCCCUUGUAAUUCCUGGCCAAUGAUUGAAGAGAUCUUCAGUCUCAUGCUAUUGUUUACAAGCUUUGGUUUGAAGCACAAAUAUCCGUUUGAUGGCAGUCGGAAUACAGACCAAAUGCAAGCCAUAGGACUCCAUCAAGACCAAAUUAUAGUAUUUUCCGGAGUAUGCGUCGCACCGGAGUACAAGUUGCAAGACCAAAAAAUGUCUAAUCAAGAAGAAGAAAACCAUAGAUAUUUCGCUCUUGAGCAUAAGUCGCACUUUUGGGAGAAAAGUUGGACGUUUCAGAACAAAUCUGUUGAGCCCAGCGUAACUAAAUAAAUAAAUACAGUAAUACUAAUCUUUCGAUCUGUGUAAGAAAAACAUCAACAUUUAAGAGGAAAACAAUUAGAUUCUCUUCCAUGUUUGUUUUGGACAACACUUCUUCUGCUGCUGCUGUCAGUAACAAAUACUUUUACUCAGAUGCAUUGCCCUCUAGUAGUUGUUAGAGGAAACAACUGCUAAAAGACAACUGAUGUUUACUGGGAAAAUAACAAAUAUAUGAGCCUGUUUGUGUCUCAAAAAAUACAUAAAUAAGUUGCUUUUGAAUAUAAGUCGCAUCCCUACUUAAACUAUGAAAAAAACUGUGACAUACUCUGGAAAUUAUGGUAAGUGGAGUCGGUGUGGAGCAACAGGCUUUUCCAGUUUUUCCAUUUGAGAUUUUUUAAUGUCAAAACCUAAAUGGCGUCUACACUGCAUGUCCACUGUGAUGAGUUUAACUCCAGAGGUUCUUCUGAAUGAAGCCAAGUAAGUUAAGCUUUGUGUCAUAUUUAAACAAAAAUUUGAAACAUUGGGGUGAACAGUCUGUUUCUUUUUAAGUUGGACUGGAUAGAAAAAAAAUGGCAAAAUGAAAACCUGAUGCUGCCAGUUUGGUUGUUUUGGUUAUCAAAACUUGCUGAAUCACCAACUUGCUGUUUGCAGCACCACAUCACCACUUUAACCUUCUUAAAAUAUAUAUAUAUAUAUACAUCAUUUACUGCCAUUUCACUGUGACUUUCUGAAACAAUUUGAAAGUAAAAUUUUCUUGAAUUCUCAACAUGUUUGGUUCCACAGAGAGCAGAGCAGCAGCCAUGAAUCUUUAAACAUGACCCUUUUAAUGCUGUGGACUAUUAUGAACUUUGCAUAACAUUCUACUGCUGUCACUGUAAAAAUGAGCGGCCUGACUCUUCUGACAGAGGUAGACAAAAGGUGAGUCAAAAAAUUCAAUGAGUCAAAGGGAUCCUUUAAAUAACUUAAGACAGUCUGUGCUUUUGGCUUCUCACUGUCAUAUCUCCUGACUACUGAAAUCUACUAUAGAUUUGAAGGCAACAUCUCCUUUUCCACUGGAAUUGCCGCUGAAAGCAGACAUUUCUUCAGAUUUUCUGAGCACUGUGUUGGAUUGUCGCUCCCUUCAGUUUCUGAUUGUAUUGAAGGCGAAGUGCCUUCUGCACUUAGAACAACCAAAUACACCAUUCAGCUCCCGCCUACUAUCAGUCAAACUCUGCGGGUCCCUCCUUUGGAAUCUGGCACUCAUGGUUUUAGUUGACUAUGUCACAUAGCUGUAGGACGGUGUCUUAUUUUUUUUGAAAGUACAUUGGGGUCAAUAUUAUUUGAAACGCCAAAAAAAAAAAAAA